AUGGGGAAAAUAAAUGACCCUUCACACAAGGUGGUAACUGUAUAACCAGUUAAAUAACAACAGGUUCCUACGACAAAAGGAAAUCAAGAAGCCAGUAAUAAUUAAAAUGUAGAAACAUAAUAAGCACUGAUAUUGGGAGAUACAUAAAGAGUGAAGUUUAAUGAUCUUGAUAAUACUUAGAAGCCUCUAGAGAGUAAAUAACCAGAAGUGAAGACUAAGUAAUCCAGGAACGAGUCGUAAAAUGAUCAUACUAAGUUUGAGACAAAUGAUAAAAUGAGCUCGCCUCCAAUGAAAUAAAAUAUUUAAGGGACCAGUUAAGAUAAACUUGAGGGUAAACAAACCAAUUCUAAUGAUGAUUUCCUCACUUUCAACGAUGAUGCGAGUCGCAAGGAGAAUACAAAAUCAGUGAUACAUUAAACAGAUGAAGAUAAAGUAUUCAAACUCCCGGAAAUAUAGUAAAGGACUCACAGAGUUAUCGAGGAAAAAAGUUAGCAUCUAGUUUAGUCAUCUAAUAGAGUAAGUCUUGAACAAGAAUAUCAAGAUAAGCAAAUGAGUAAAUUGGAAAUUAAAAAAGAAGCGUAAAGGAUUAAAGAUGCAAUAGGCACAUAGAGAAGUACUCUAAGUUAGCAAAAUGUAGAGUUGAAUCAGCAAAUGGCAACUAAUUAUAUAAAUGAUUUGUUCAAUAUGUUCUCUGGUCCUCCUCCCACUUAUAACCAAUCGAUUGUUCCUGUUUAAACUCAAAUCAUUUAACAAGAAUCUCCCUAGAGAAACCAUGAGCAAGCAUAGACUGUAGUUGAUUAUUAGCAAGCAUCAAGCUUUAACGACUCAGAAUAGAGAGGAAGCAAUGAGCAUUAACGCUCAAGCGGUACGGUUCCAAGAGCAAUUUUCUAGGAUGAACCAACUCGAAAUCAAACUAUUAGUCAUAUCCCUGAAGAAUCUUCAAACUACUCUUAGAGUGUUGGGAAGAAUGUAGAUAAUUCUUAAAUUUUAAAGAGCGAGAAUUAGCCAGCAGAGGAGUUAAAACUUUAAGAUAAGAUAAAGGUAGAAACUGACGAGCCUGAAGCUGAGGAUAAAAUUACGUCAAAGCCACAAGUUUAGGAAAGCUUAGAAUCAAGAAAUAAUGAGAGUUCAAAAAAAGAAAAAUCUGAUACACAGUCAUCAAGUACUCAUAAUUUUGCUAGGCCAGGUUUUACUCACAGCAGUGUAGAAACAGAAGAAGUAGACUAUGAUGUAAAAGUAGCAAGAUCGUAUGUCCAGAAACUUAUGUCAACCUAGAUUAAUAAUCACCAACAAUUCAGUUUACCACCAUAAUCAUCUUAGUCGAAUAGAGGUACAGUUAUAGCACCUAAAGAAACUACACCAUUUUAAGAAAACCCUAUAAAAUUAGAGACAUCAUAAAUUUAGGAUGGCGAGGAGGCUGACUUCAGAAGUGAUUCAGAAAUUCAAAGAGAAAUGGAUCCAGGCACAGUCUCAGAGAUUGAUCCAGAAGUGUAUAACAAGGAUAUUUUUGAAGAUGAUUCUGAAAGAAACUCGCAGGUAUAUGCAUCCCAAGUAGAAAAAUUUAUGAGUGAUUUACUUCCUAUUGAUAUGUUGACUGUGGAAUUAGAACCUUAUGGAGAGCAAAUUUUCUAUAUGAAAGUUGAUCACUACCCUUCCAAGCUCAAAUUUGCCUACAGUAUUACUUCAAGCGAUCCACGUCCUAUUGAUCUUAUCGAGUAUUUUUCUGAAUACAACAUCCACAAAUAGUCUCAAUUUGGUAGAUAUGGAAUAAAAUUCGUUAAUAAGGAUUCAAAUAUCUAAGAUAUCACCUUUGCCUAUAAACUAGUGAAAAAGACAUCAGGAGAUUAGGGUAUGUCACCAUCUGAUGCUGCUCCAACUUCAGAAGAGGCUGCUUUAUUCAGCAGUCUGGAAGAAGCAAACGCUGAAAUGGGACAUUUUAUGACAGAGAAUAAAUUCUAAAACUUCAGGAUGGAAGGCUACGUUCAUACCGUUUAAAACACUACCUAGAAUAGUUUAUAUUCAACAGUGCUUGAAAUCUUGAUAAUGAUUGGAUUAGGAGCAUUCUAGGUUUAUCAUCUAAAGAAAGUACUAGACAACAAGAGAAUGAUCUGA